CGGAACAAUCCAGAGGAUCCGCGGAAGGCUGCGCAGCCUCUCCAGAUGCGACGACGCCCGUAUGCCGUCUAUAACUACCGGCCGGCGUCGCCUCCGCCCAUCGGCAUCUAUCAUCGUGUAUUUUCAGAUUUCCGACAGAUGAUGGACCCCAAUACUCCUGCGGCGCAACCCACACACGAUAAGUACGAUGAAGCGCACGACUUCUGCAUGAAAGCCCUGAGAUAUUACAACUAUCCAUACCAGCGGGAGGUGCACGGCAGUUACCAGCUCCAGAGGUUGGGUUUGCUCGAAACCCAACAUGUCGAGUUCGAUGGCAGGAAGAUGAGGGUCGACGGCGCAACAUUGUCAGCCACGAUCCCCUCUGGGUUCAAGAGCGUCGCCGCGAUUACGGAGAUCAACACCGAGCUUGACAUGGAUGGCACUGACCCUGCUACUCGGGCAGAAUGUGGCUACCUCCAGAUAUAUGCAUCCGAUGCGGCAAGCCCUAUCCGCGCGGCAAGCUGUUGCCCCGCGCUGCUCAUCGCGCACGUAGGACCGAACAUUCAAGUACUUGGCGCCGCCUUCGCAGACGACGUGCUCAUCGAACCCCUCACGGACUACAUAUCUCUAAUCCCUCGCAUUACUGCCCACGACGACACCUACGACGUCGUUGUGCGCCUGUUCCACGCGAUCCGGAGCGCGCUCCAGACACUACACACUCACUACGCCGACAUCGCGCGCCAGCUCGCUUCAGAAGGCACUCCGAGUUGGCCCCUUUUCGUCGAACCGCAUUUUACCCAGUUUACCCAUCCCAUUUACGGCCCAAUCACGCUCACCUAUACUCGACGCCUCGCUGUCGACAAACCCUCUGUUGCCGUAUUCAAAGCGAAGGCCAGGUUCGACGCGGGCUCCCGCGACGUCUUUGUCAAGUUCACGGAUACGUAUGGCGUCGAAGGCCACAAGCUCCUCGAGGACAACCAACUCGCUCCCGAGCUGUUGUAUUGCCAGACGGACACCUCCGUGUGUGCGACCGUCGUCGUCAUGGACUUUGUCAAGGGCGUGCGUGUCCGUGCGCCGCUGACGGAUGCUCAGGAGAAGGACUUGCGCACUGCGGUAGAGCUGCUGCACGAGCAGGAUCUCGUUUUUGGGGAUCUGCUGCCCAAGAACGUGUUCGUGCUUGAGGGGAGUUCCCGCAUCCGGCUCGUCGGAUUUGACUGGUGCGGGAAAGUCGGGAAGGCACAGUACCCUUGCAAUCUCAAACUGGAUCGGACGAUGGAGUGGCCUGCGGGGAUGGACGGAGGCGAGCUGAUCGAUAAAGGGCACGAUACGCGUUUCUUGGAGCAGAUCAUAGCACAGCACGUCUAG